UUUAUGAACACUAACGGUAAAGGCUUACUGAGUAAUCUUUCUGCAAUGUGGCUGUCUCAAGGAACAACAGCCUGCGACUUCCUUGCAAUAAUGGAUACAUGGCUACGUCCUGACAAAAGUGACAUGGAGAUGGUACUGUGACAUGUCCACCAUUCGGCACGAUCAACCUAGCAAAGGUGGUUGGUUGGUUCUGUACUUCCGCAUUGACCCUAAAUGUGCGCUCAUAGAUGAUCAUGUCAGCACGGUACAUGAUUCCAUUUGGUUCCGUUCACGUCUCAUAAGCCCACCUUGUCUGGUUUAUGCCAAAGAUAUCACGCUGUGGGGGGAGAUAAAUACACCUAAUGGGAUCACCGUACUUCAAACUGAUCGGUUAAGACAUACGCGUGCUCAAUCCAAAAUCUACUGUGAUUCAAUGUGGACAAAUGUAGUGUGCUGCACUCACGGUACAACUUGGUGUACUCCUACAAACUCUUCAAUCAGGAUCUUCAAAUAUCUGGCGAGAAACACCUGAGAAUGUAGGUUAGAUUUUGUCGGAAACAGCGUCAUGAAGGUUCAUCCAACGCGUCGGCCUCCUGAAGCAUGUAUUAUGAUAAUUCGGCCCAUAAAACAUUUUACAACUUCUUGG